CUCUGAGGAACUCUAUCAGAUAAAUUAUUAAUCUGAAAAUAUUAAAUAAAUUUGUCAGACCUUUUUCCUUUUUUACAAGACAUACCGAGUCAGACUCAAUUUUUUAAAGCCAUGGCAUUUCUCAUGAAUCAAAUGCUGGGCAGCAAGUUGAAGAGUUUUGCUGAUGGAGGUGGCGACGGUGGCAGCAAAGCUGGAGCAGAUGGAAAAGAAACGGCCGAGUCCAAAGGCAUGUCCAGGGAGGAGUUUGAGGAAUACCAGAAGCAGCUGUUGGAAGAAAAGAUUCAACGAGACAAAGACUUUACAACAAAAAAGGCCGAGAGGGCAAACCUGAGAGUCGCACUCAGAGAUAAAUACCGACUGCCGGAUAGCGCUCUCGACGGCGCCAUGAUUCAGAUGGCUGGAGACGACGUUGACCUGCCGGAGGAACUGGCCAAAAUGGUGGAUGAAGAUGAGGAGGAGGAGGAGACCAGCGAUUCAUUCCUCCACAAGCUUCAAAACAUGGACCUGGACGAACUGAAAACCAAGGCCCAGAGCAGAGUGAGCGAGCUCAGGCAGACUGCGGAGGACAAAUGUGUCCUCAUGUGAACGCCUGCAGUACAGGCGUCGCGCCCAGACAAGCUUUAUUAUUUAAAUUUAGCUCCGGUGUCACCAUCUCUUUUUGUUUACUUGUUUUACAGAACAGCCUGAGCUCUGGACAGCUUCCUCAGAAAAGUUUCUUGUUUUCAAUGUGAGGCUUUAUUCCAGUGUCUCCAUUUCUUUCACUGGGAAACAUUUAAAUGCUUUUUAAACGGAUGUAAAAAGACAUUAGAGAAGUUUUAUGCUCACAAGGUUUGUCAAAGUCAAAUUUAUUUACAUAGCACUUUAAAAACAGGUUUAAAACUGCACCAGAGUGCUGUAGAAAAGUUAUAGUAAAAUAA